UCUGCUUUUACAGCUCGCCCACCGCACGUGACGGUUACUCCUGCGGAUAAGAUCGUCAAAGAGCCGAGUAACGAACCGUUGAGCAUUGAAUGCGAAGCACUUGGAGUACCCAAACCGAGAAUUAUCUGGCUUUGGAGUGGGCAGUUGGUUGAAGACGGCAAGGAUGAAUUCCGAGUCUAUGAUAUCACACCAAUGGACGCUCAAGACCGCUCAACAAGCAAACUCAUUGCCCAAAGCACCACGAGAACUGGUGUGGCUACCUGCCAGGCCGUGAAUGCUGAAGGGUCAGACGAAACAAAGACAGAGGUGAAGAUCCUUGGACCAGGCAGUGCUCCAUUGCAUAUUCAACCUACACCGAUGCAUACCGGAUUCGAUGUUGCAUGGCAGCCACCAAAAAGGCCAAAUGGACGUAUCAAGAACUACAUCGUCUACUACACCAAGGAUCCAGAUGCACCGCUAUCAGAGUGGAAAUCGGAAACCGUUAGUGGUGACCUCAGGUAA